AUGAGCACGUCAGAUCGCUUGUACCUGGAGGACGCCUGCCCUACCUUGCAAAGACUUCUGCAAAGUUUGGUCGAAGAGCCGGGCGCCAAGCUGGAUGACAGCGACUUCCUGGACUUCGAGGUGGCCUUCUCAACGGCGAUGGAGGGAGAGACCUUGAAACUCAAGGUUUUCUACGAGUUCCUGGCCAACGUCCUGGAGCACGGGUCCAAGGAGCUCUUGCAGCAAGUCUGGGCUGAUCUUCCACUGCGCUUUGCCCCUGUCUCCGGUUCGGAGCUUGAAGUGGUUCUGAACACAGCUGCCCUGGCGGAGAACCAGGACCUGGCAAGGCGCUGCGUGCAGCAGGUCGCCACCACCAGGAUCUGGCUGUUAGUCGGACCUUUGGUGGCGCCUUUGCGCUGGCUGCGCGAAGCUGUGGCGACUGGCGACAAGGCUGCCGCAGCUGCGCCGCAGAAUGCCCAGCAAGCACGCAAGGACGCCAUGGGACAGCCGCCUGCGCCGAUCGUCUUGCACGUGCGGCAGCAAGAGACCUGCUGCAUUGUACCAAAGGAGGAUCGCAUACUGGUGAUCUUGUCAAUCCACUUGGAGGACGAUGUCGAUGUGGCCUUAGGUAGAGCAUUUUGCCAGGAAUUUGCAGAGACCAACCGCAAGGGCAACGAGUUCUCCCUACCCGGUCCUCGAUUGUCGGUCCACUGCCCUGGCGAAAUGAAGCGGAUCGCAGUGCUCUCGGUAGCAUACCUGCUGGGUGCCGCGGCAAGCGAUGCCGCGCCAAAACAGUACCCAGUAACGAAGGUUGUCAACUUGCUCAAGGAUAUGCAGAAGAAGCUCGAGGAAGAAGCAGAAAAGGACGAGGAGGUUGACGAGAAGAUGAAGUGCUGGUGCAAGGAGACGCAGCAGUCGAAGGCAGAGAGCAUCACCAAGAUGCAGUCCGAGAUGGCCAACCUUGGUGGCCAGAUCGACACAUCCGCGGCAGACAGCCUGCGCCUGGUGUCGGAGCUGAAGGGUCACGAGGAAGACCUGGCCUCCAGCCAGACUUCGCUGGGUGCGGCCGAAGCCCAGCGAAAGAAGCAGCUGGCGAGCUACGAGGACGAAGUGAAGGAGAUGGAGGAGUCGCUCACUGGAGUGAGCGGUGCCUUGCACACUCUGAAAAACAAAGCUUCCUUCCUCUCAACCUCGGCAUCGGCUGCCAAGCAGGAUGCAUUGGAGCUGGUGAAGAAGCUCCAGCGGAAGCAUUCCAACAUCUUGAUGGGUGUGGUGACGCCCCGGCAGCGGAAGCUGAUGCUCGCCAUGACCUCGAGGCGCCUCGACGUCGAUGCUUCGAUGGAGGGCCCGGCGACAGGAGAAGUGGUCGGCGUGCUGUCGUCCAUGAAGGACACCUUCGAGCAGAAUUUGAACCGAACGCGGGCAGAGGAGGCAGAGAGCACGGAGACGUUCCAGGCUCUGCGCAAGGCGAAGGAGACUGAGAUCCACGCCACUGAGGAGGCCAUCGUGUCCAAAAAGUCUCAGAAAGCCGAAGCAGACAAGAAAAAGGCUUGGGCAGCCGAGACCCUUCAGGAUGCAAAGGCCAGCCUUCUCUCCGACCAGCAAUUCCUCCAGGAUGCCAAGGAGAAGUGUGCGGCUCACGAAGCGGAGUAUGCGGAGCGUGUGGCUGCGCGCAACGAAGAGAUCACUGGGUGCUCGAAGGCCAUAGCCAUGCUCAGUGAUGACUCCGCCCGAGACACAUUCAGCCGAACUUUCAAUGCUGGCGCCAUGUUCCUCCAAGUGGACGCCAGCAAAGAGCACCGGGUGGCUGCGAGCGAGACCCUGACGGAGGCAGCCGCCAAGUUGCACGACUCCCGGCUCGCGGCACUGGCGAGGAUGGUGCGCACCGACUCGCUGGAUGCGGUCAAGAAGGAAAUCGACAAGCUGACAGCCCAGCUGAAAGAAGUGCAGAAGGACGAGGUGAAGAGCAAGGACUCCUGUGUCCAGCGCCUUCACGAGAACACUCUCGAUACCGAGCAGUCGACGGUUGCCAAGACUCAAAGCGGCAGCAAGCUGACAGGUCUUCAGGACCUGGCAGCAACGAGCGACGCCUCGGCCAAGACGCUGUCGAUGGAGAUCGAGGACCUGAAGUCCGAGCUCAAGACGGCCAAGACCGACAUGGAGCUGAGGCAAAACGAGUCCCAUGCCAUGAUCGAGGACCAGGUCCGAACGCAGAGGCUUCUAACUCGUGCAGCAGACGUGUUGCACGGGGUGUACGGCGCCAGCCUGCUGCAGGAGAAACCCGAAGGGUUCAAAGACUACCAGCGCCAAAGCGGCUCCGUGGGCAUCAUUUCCAUGCUCCACCAGAUCAUUGGCGACGCCAAGAUCAUGGAGACAAAGGCGAGGGCAGACCUGAACGCAUCCCUAGCUGACUACGAGGGCUUCAAGGCGGAUGCAACGUCUGCUAUUGCCAAGAAGGAGCAGAGUUUGGUGGACCUCGCCGUGCAGAAGUCUGAGGCGAAGUCCGAUGCGCUUGAAAUGAAGAAGGAGGUCAAGAGGCUCAGUCAGGAGUUGGAUGACCUCUCAGCGACAAAGUCUGCACUGAAAGAGGAGUGUGACUUCCUCGUCACCAACUUCGAGUUGCGACAAGAUGCUCGCUCCCAGGCAUGGAAGAGGCGACGCAGAUGUGCCCAGUUAGCCUUGCCAGCGCUGCUUAUCGCAGUGCCGCUGGUGUGGUGGAGGCAUCAGUCGACGGCCAGCUCACCCAAGUUGGAGCCUGUGGCCCUUCCGGACGUACAGCAGCUGAUCAGCUUGGCUGCUGCUCUGGAUCCAGAAGAAGAGGUUUUGCACGCCUUGGGCUUCGAGAACUCAAGCGACGACUUUCGAACCUCGGUAAGGCGUAAGCUGCAGGCUGCGGGACUGCAGCCUCUCAGGGAGGCCCUAGAGGCGGAGACGGAGUACGAUGCCAGCGCCAACAUCGGCGUGGCAGUUUGCGUUGUGGACGUGGGCCAGACCUUGUUCCAGUUGGGCCAAGGGCUGCUGGCGAUCAAUGCAGCCAGCAUCAGCUGCAUCACUGGUGCCAAUGUCAGUGCUGCUGACAAGCAGGCUUGCAGCGUCUCAGUGUCCUAUGCGAUUGCAGGAAUUGUGUGGGCCGUCAGCUUUGCCACCGACGCCAUCUCGCAGUGCGCAGGCUCCUUGAACCUUCAGGCAGCUUGUGCAACGGAUUUGACGGUGAACCUCGGCUCCUGGGCCUUUCUGUCAUCCUCCAUCAGUUCCAUGGUGCUCAACUGCCCCACGAGCACAGAACCGCACACGCUGCAGUCGCUAUCGAUGCUCGGCGGACGACGCUUAGGUGGUGCAGAUGCCGUGCAUGUCAAGAAGCUGGCGCCGGACCCAAUCGUGGAGCGAGAAGCGAGCACGCUGGACAUGAUAGAAGAGAUCAAGCAACACAAGGAAGAUGAGGAGAUCCGAAGUGCGCUGAAAGCGACCUGCUUCUUCGACGUAGGUCAUGCUGCAUUCUGGGCGGCUCGGGUCGGCACGAGCAUCACUCAGGCCACUUUGGAUUGCACAGAGGCGAACUUCGCCAGUGCAGGCGAGGCAGGAAAGAUGUCCUGCUCAGUUGAUGUAAGCGGAAUUAUUGGGGCAGCUGCCUUUCUUGGCAGCACCAUCGCUCUAACAGUGGCUGGCUGCCCAGCAGCGCUUGACAAGGACGUCAGCAACACGCUGUGUGCAGCUGCUAUCAUUGACACCGUUGGAGUGGUUGGAUACCUGGCCCAAUCCUUCUCCAGCAUCGGGUCAACCUGUCACAAGCUCGCUCAGCAUGUGUGA